AUGGGGUCUAAAAGACCAAGACAAAGGAAAGUUCCUAAAGAAUUUACAACACUAUUCAAGCUUCUGAAUAAGAAUAACAUACCAAGAGCGAACACUCCCACUUUGCUUGACACUGGAAAACCAACUUUUAGACUAACAUCAUUGCCAAAAAUUCCUAAACCUAGUCAGGAGUUGCAACAGCUAAUGCUUGACUAUAGUGUACUAAAUGAAUUACAGUGGUCUCCCGACAUUUCUAAACCUGGAAAAACUAAACGGUCAAAACAGAAACCAAUAAACUCCUUUAUAGCAUUUCGAUCAUUUUAUAGCAGAGCAAUAUCAAAUCCGGAACAUCAAAGAGAAUUAUCCCGUAAACUUGCAGAGUUGUGGACAAAUGAGCAAAAUCGAGAUACAUGGAGUCAAUACACCCAAUCGUAUAAUAUUUAUUUAAAAGAAAAGAACAACAAUAUGACUUUCGUUGACUGGUUAUUGGAUUCGUUGGACAUUAAGUUAGACAAUAGCUGGUUAGAUAGUUUGCAAGUAGAUGGAGCCAAUGAACUCGCAUCAGGUACAGUAGAAGAUGUAUAUUUAUAA